AGCGCAAUUAUUUGGGAAAUACACGAAUAUUUGUAACCGUAAAAAAACCCCAAACUAUACUAAUAUAAUCUAGAUAUUAAAAAUAUCGUUCAUUUGUGUCGCAUUCAAAUGAAAUCAAACAGCAAACUAGCAACAUUAUGAUUUAAACUAGUCCACUUUCGUGUGUCGUUUAUCGGUCACAUGUUUCUAUGGAAACGAACCAUUCCACUGCCCUGUAAAAUGGGGGAGACCAGGAAGUGUUACUUGUUGACAGUUAAUUAUUUAUUUUACAUUAUAAAGAGCGAAUUCGUCGUGCAAAAUAGUUGAUGAUUGCUUAAAAUAUGUUUAGCUAACAUGUUAAUGUGGUUUUUUGUUAUUUUUAUAACGGGUUUUCUUACGUGAUAGCUAAAUAAAACCCCAUUAACGAGCACAUGGACAAGUCCUAAUCACUUAUUCAGAGGAAAUUGAGCAAAUAUGCAUGGUUCUUAUUUCUCUUGUGUUUUAUAAAACGCGUUUUAGAGCUCAGGUGUGUUCCUGAAUGGCCACUGGACGUGGUCAGUUCUUGCUGAGUCUGAGGCAGGGGUUGGAGAGGAUUCAGCCAGGUAGACACGGAGGAAACUCAGGAAGAAACCAAAAGGAAAAACCUGCACGUGAUGGCCGCAGCAGCAGGAGCUUGCCACCUGAGAUCAUCCUGAAGAUUUUCUCCUAUUUGGACGCGGCGUCUCUUUUCUGCGUCGGCUUUGUUAACCGACAGUUUCGAGAUCUGGCGGAUGACAACAUGAUGUGGUACGAGUUAUACUCCUAUGAGAUGGGCAGGAGGAAGUGGAGGCCGAGGUUGUGCGAGACGCCGGACUCUGUGAGCGCCGACAUGCAGGACGUCCCGGCGGCGGUGUGGAAGAGGCUGCUGUUCAGAAAAAUGGGCUGCCAUAAGGACGCGGUGUGGAAGAAGGAGCUGAGACACGUGAACCUGAGCACGGGCAUGCCGCAGCAAACCGAGCAGGUCCUCAGGAGUCUGCGUGUUGUCUGGGAGAUCACGCUGAUCUAUAGGCGAGGGAAGCAGAGCAUGUCCAAGCAUUCUCAGGCGUUUUUCUCCGACUCGUCCGUAACCGUGUGCUGGAGCGACGGCGUGUUUCCGAAAAUUCACAACGUCAUUAGCAUGCAGCUCCACGGAGUCCUGGGUUCCCCCACGACCACGCCAGCCAAGCCGCGGUGGCGCUCUCUGAUCUGUAAAACGCUGGUGAGACGGGUUGACAAAUGGAGGCAUAUCGGGACGGACAGGCUGGUGAAACUGUUCCAGUUUGAUGAAGGGAUCACUGUGGGAGUAUGGAGAGGCACGUGGGUGAUCGCCUUCAUCAUGGCCACCUUACACUUCCACAGACUGGUGGAGAGAAGUGUUCUCGGGUCUCUGUUCUGCCCCUACAGGCCAGAAGAGACCAGCCUCCUGCAGACCGAUGUCCUCCCGGGUAUCAGUGUUCCUGGUUACACAGUGCUCAUGCAGCUUCACAACUCAGUGAGACGCAUCAUGCAGUGCCGUUACUCGCCGGUGCUCUGUACCAGAGAUGAUCUCCAUAGCGAAUUCGUGCAACUCCGACCUGUUAAGUCCAGAACGUCUCAGAAGCACACACCCAUCUUGGGGAAGAUCAGUUUCCCCUGGAAGGCCGGUGAGCUGCACGGAGAUGUCAAGGACUGCUGCAUGAUGACGGUGUCUGUGCUGGACGCGGCUCAGAGGCCGGUGUGGUGCAUCAGCUCGUCCGUGUCUCUCGUCCUCGGUCGCUCCAACGUGGUGUGCGAAACCUAUGACGGCGAGCAGUUUGUGCUGUGGUACAACGGUCCCGACGGGAAGCUGAAGAUGACCCUGGUGUGGAUGCAGGACCUGGAGAUGUACUUCCUGAUCAACCUCCACAUCUGGAUCCGCGUGGAGAAAGAAGACUCGUGACCUAAUUUAUGUAGACGUGUUAGGUUUGUUUUAUAGCUGGAUUGAAAUCCACUGUUUUUAUUUGUUGGUUUGUUUGUUGCGUAGUUUAAAUGCCUAAGUCUGAUUUAGGAUCAGCGUCGCUCGUAUAAAGUUCCUUUUCAGAGUUGAUUUUCUUUCUUGCAGCUGGUUGGAAGAUUUAUUUUCUUGUGUUACAAAGUGAAUAAAGUGAGACUGUGGACA